AUGACUGCCACUCACCAACAUCGACUCAACUCUGCAGAUGCUAUGGCUCUGGACACGGACGACGAAAACGGCGAGGAUUUAAUUAACGACAUGAUUAACGAUGACAAUGGCGAUGAUGCAGACGACUUCCACGCCGCACUUGACCACACAAAUGCGACAAAGAGCAUGGAAAACGACAACACAAACGUUGGGCUACCAGCAUCACAGGUACCACAUGAGAGCUGUGCG